AGUGCCACCCUCCUCACCACCCUCUUCGGCUCCCUGUGGACGCUGAACCGCCAACCUAGCCACCGACUCCUUUCCUUCCUUCCUCUGCUUUAGGCAGGUGACAGCAGGAACAUGUCUCGGGAGAUGCAGGACGUGGACCUUGCCGAGGUGAAGCCUUUGGUGGAGAAAGGGGAGACCAUCACCGGCCUGCUGCAAGAGUUUGAUGUUCAGGAGCAGGACAUCGAGACUUUACAUGGCUCCAUUCACGUCACGCUGUGUGGGACCCCCAAGGGAAACCGGCCCGUCAUCCUCACGUACCAUGACAUUGGCAUGAACCACAAAACCUGCUAUAACCCCCUCUUCAACUACGAGGACAUGCAGGAGAUCACCCAGCACUUUGCUGUCUGCCAUGUGGAUGCCCCAGGCCAGCAGGACGGCGCUGCCUCCUUCCCCAUGGGGUACAUGUACCCCUCUAUGGACCAACUGGCCGAAAUGCUUCCUGGAGUCCUUCACCAGUUUGGGCUGAAAAGCAUUAUCGGCAUGGGAACAGGAGCAGGUGCCUACAUCCUAACUCGAUUUGCUCUGAACAACCCUGAGAUGGUGGAGGGUCUUGUCCUCAUCAACGUGAACCCUUGUGCAGAAGGCUGGAUGGACUGGGCCGCCUCUAAGAUCUCCGGAUGGACCCAAGCCCUGCCUGACAUGGUGGUGUCCCACCUCUUUGGGAAGGAGGAGAUGCAGAAUAACGUGGAGGUGGUCCACACCUACCGCCAGCACAUCGUGAACGACAUGAACCCCGGCAACCUGCACCUGUUCAUCAACGCCUACAACAGCCGGCGGGACCUGGAGAUAGAGAGACCCAUGCCCGGAACCCACACGGUCACCCUGCAGUGCCCUGCUCUGCUGGUUGUUGGGGACAGCUCCCCUGCUGUGGAUGCUGUGGUGGAGUGCAACUCGAAGCUGGACCCCACAAAGACCACUCUCCUCAAGAUGGCGGAUUGUGGUGGUCUCCCGCAGAUCUCCCAGCCUGCCAAGCUCGCUGAGGCCUUCAAGUACUUCGUGCAGGGCAUGGGCUACAUGCCCUCUGCCAGCAUGACGCGCCUGAUGAGGUCCCGCACAGCCUCUGGCUCCAGCGUCACCUCUCUGGAUGGCACCCGCAGCCGUUCUCACACCAGCGAGGGCACCCGCAGCCGUUCUCACACCAGCGAGGGCACCCGCAGCCGUUCCCACACCAGCGAGGGAGCCCACCUGGACAUCACUCCCAACUCGGGUGCCACCGGCAACAGCGCCGGGCCCAAGUCCAUGGAGGUCUCCUGCUAGGUGGCCUGGGUAGACAGCUGACCCCGGACUCUGAUCUCCAUAGCAGCCCCCUCCCCUCCAGCUCCUUCCCGCCCCUGCCUGCCACAUGCGCCUAACUUGGUAUUAAUCCAAAGCUUAUUUUGUAAGAGUGAGCUCUGGUGGUGACAGAUUGGGUCUUUCCCAGGCACCCUCUCCAGUGAGGGCAGGGCAGCAGUGGACCAAAGGAAAGAGGCACCUGAGUGUCCUAUUCCAUUAACCUGUGGCCAGCGGCCACUCUCUUACCUUCCCUCAGAGACACCAAACUGCCAAAAACAAGAAACACACCAGUAAACAUGUCACGAAGCCAAGCCCAGGCUGCCUCGUGCAUCCUGGUUCAAAGGGGCCCUUGAUCAGAAGGCCUGCCAUCCACUUCCUGUUUCCUCUCCAGCUAAAGGGAAGCUGACCAGUUCCAGGAAACAAAUUCUUUUCUGAUUUGGAGAGGGGGAGAGCAGUGUAGUGUAGACAGCUCUUUUAAAUAGGCAAAAUAGGAAGGGGGGAAAGGUGGGAUUUGAGGCUAGAGAAGCAUUUGGAAAAAACAAAUCCGCAUAGCUGACUUGAAGGAGUCAGUUUUUAAAGUUGGUGCAUAUAAACCUCUAAAUGCUGAAGCCACACGCCUGUUUUUCUAGCGUCCUUUUAAUGUACAAUGAAAGUAGGUAACCAAAGCUCUGGCUUGGCCGGAGGAACAUUAUGGCAAAUGUUUGGUGUUGUGCGUUUUGAAGGCUUUGGCUCUACCCUCUGCCUCUUCCCCACAGAUCCUUCUCCCACCCCAGACGCAUGAGCAGGUGAUUAUUUUUGUUCAUUGGGGGAAAAUGAUGUGGAUUUUUGUUGCACUCUUUGGAAUGGAGGGAAAUGUCCUGGCCAGCCAUACCUGGCUGCAGGGAUUCUCCUUACAGGGGGGUGGGGAGGAGGGCAUUGGGGUGGGCCGGUCCUUGAAUUCCCAGAUGGGAGGGACUCCUCAUGAUUGUGAUUUCCAUGGGUUCCAGCCCAUUUCCCAGGUAUCAUGUGUCCUUGAGUUAAAUUCAGUUUCUGAUCCUUGACAACCGGUCCUGAAUCUAUACUUACUAGCUGAGCAUUUCUAACCUGGUAACAUCAGUCGAUCUUCAAAUAGGACUGUUUGCUCUCAGGGGGUGGGGGUGGGAAUUCACAUGGGGAAUAGGGCUGGGAAAAUGCCAGGAUUCUGGAACAUACGUUCCACAGCACUGUCCUUCCUUCUCCCGCCUUCUUGUCUUCCUGCCCUGCUAACCUCCUGACAAUGAAUGGGGCGGCACCACUGACGUCUCUGAGCCGUGCUGGCGGAGCUGCCAAGUUCCUGUGCCACUGCCUGUGAUUUCCAUUUUGGCUAACUAUGGGUUUUCUUAGAGGAAGUUUGAUCAUAGGGAAUUGAAGAUUGAGAGUCAACCAUGGGGGCCUGGUGGUUUCUGGGACCCUAGAGUUGGCAGAAGGAAACAGUCCAGCCUUCUAGGUGGCGUGAGUGGUCAUAACUCAUUUACCUGCCACCUACCACCUUGGAGGCUCCCCUGACCUCGUGCAGAAAGGUCGAGGAUCAGGGCAAGAGUGGCUGGAUGCAGAUGUACAAGUCUCUCCAGAGGAGUUUCUUAAUGAGAUAUUUGUAUUUAUUUCCAGACCAAUAAAUUUGUAACUUUGCA